AUGUCUGAGAAGGAUGUGUCUUCUCUCAAAGUCAAUCAAGAUCGGCUGAUAGGAGACAUCCACCACACUUGUCAAUGGGGCACGGGAGAGCGGUGGGGAACCGCCUCCACCGAAACGGGCAUGUCCCGCCUCUCCCUCUCCGACGCCGACAAAGAGGCCCGAGAUUGGUUCGUAGCCACUACCAAGGACCUAGGAUGCAAAACCACAGUCGACGCAAUGGGCAACAUCUUCGCCGUCCGACCGGGCCUCAACAACAACGUCCCUCCCACCUUCGCCGGCUCCCACCUCGACACCCAGCCCACUGGCGGACGGUACGACGGCAUCCUAGGCGUCACGGCCGCCGUCGAGAUGCUCAAAGUCCUCAACGAGAACUGGGUCGAGACAGAGUACCCCGUCGGCGUGGUAAACUGGACAAACGAGGAAGGCGCCCGCUUCCCCAUCUCCAUGGUCUCCUCCGGCGUCUGGGCGGGCGCCAUCGCGCAAGACCACGCGCACAACCUGGUUGAAGUAGGCGGCGGCACCGCGACCAUGAAGUCAGAACUCGAGCGUAUCGCCUACUUGGGUUCCGUACCGGCCUCCCACGCAUCCACGCCCAUGGCCGCCCACUUCGAACUGCACAUCGAGCAGGGCCCCAUCCUCGAGGCCGAGAACCGCAAGAUCGGCAUCGUCAAGGGCGUCCAGGCCUACCGCUGGUUCACCAUCACGGUCAGGGGUGGCGACUGCCACACCGGCACGACGGACUUCAAGAAUAGAGCGGAUGCCCUUCUGGCGGCGAGCAAGAUGAUCCUGCAGAGCCAUCGUGCCGCAACGAAAGCGAAGGCGUUGGCGAGUACAGGCAUCCUGACGCUGAGGCCUGGGAGCACAAACACGGUGCCUGGGACUGUGAGGUUCUCGCUGGACAUCAGGGCCGCGAAGGACGAGACGGUCGAGGCGCUUGAGGAGCAGCUGAAGAGGGAUUUCGCGGCUAUUGCUGCGGGCGAGGAUGUGGGGAAUCUGAAUGAGGGGGGCACGCCGGGCAAGCGGUGCGAAGUCGAGUGGCGCACGGAUUCGGUCUCGGAGGCUAUCAAUUUCCAUGAGGACUGCAUCAGCUGCGUGACGGAGUCCGCGAGGGGAAUCUUUGGGGACAGGGCGGAAGAUUUGACGAAGAGCAUGAUCAGCGGUGCAGGGCACGACAGCGUGUAUACGAGUAAGAGGGUUCCGACGAGCAUGAUCUUUGUGCCGAGCAAGGAUGGGGUCAGCCAUAAUCCAGUUGAGUAUACAAGUCCAGAGGAUUGUGCGUUAGGGGCACAGGUCUUGUUGGGCGCAGUGUUGAGGUAUGACAGAAUGAGAGCGGCGAGAUAA